AGCUGGAGCAGAUGCAGCUGCUGGAGGGCAGCCAGCAGGCGCUGGAGCGGCUGACGGCCGACACCAUGGAGCGGGUGGCGCAAGGCCAGCAGGAGCUGCUCGGUCGGCACGAGCAGCUGCGCACCGCCCAGUCGUCGAUCCAGUCGCACGUGGCGGGUAACCUGCGCGAGCUGGGCCGCGUGCGCUCGGCCAUCAGCGUGGGCCAGGCGGGCGUGGCGCACACGCUGGCCGAGAUCCGCGCCGGCCUCGAGCGGGCCGGCCAGCAGCUGAGCCGCCAGGAGGAGGCCCGCAACCGCUCCCACCAGCAGCUGAGCGCCGACCUCGAGCUGAUCCACCACAGCGCGCUGCAGCUGCUGCACCAGCUGGAGAGCGUCGACGUGACGACGCGGGCGGUAGUGGGACGGUUCGACGCGCUGCUGGGCAGCCUGGGCCGCAUGAACGGCACGAUCGUGGCGCUGCUCUCGACCCUGGACGACACGCAGCGCCAGCUGGACCGCAAGCUCGGCUGGCUGGUCGACGUGCUCGGCGGUGACCUGCACCGGGUGACGGCCAUGCUGAUGCACGUGGGCUACCUUCUGCUGGGCAUGCUGCUGCUGGUGUUCCUGCAGGCGGCGUACGUCGUGAGGCUGGCGCUGCUGCUAGUGGUGCCGGCCAACCUGCUGUCGCUGCUGCAGUACGGCCCGCAUCUGCAGUUCUCCGCCGUCACCACGCUGCUGGUCACGGUCGGCGUCGGGCAUCAGCUGGUCGCCUGGCUCUAUCGUCUGUACAGACGGAAGGCCGUCGACCGUAAGCCGCCGCUGGAGCUGCGCAGUCCCUGGGCUCCAGAGAUGACCACCAAUGCCACCCAGCCGGCCGACCUGUCCCGUCUGUCUACGCGAGACGUGAACUCGUCCGAUUCGGAGCUGGAGACGGAGCCGGAGGCGGCCGGACCGACGCGCGCCGACAGCCUGGACAGCCUGAGCGGCUUCAGGGUGCCGCUCAGACCCGAGAUGACCCGGCCGUCGCCGCUGAGACGGCGUCUGCUGACCCCACGACCUGAGCUGCGGACGCCGCCGUCCUCCGGUCGAGAGUCGCCGCUCGGCAGUCCCCGCGGCGGCAGCAACGGCACGCUGGCCCGGUCCGGUCUGCUCCCCAGCCCCGGCGAGCGGCCAUGGUGCGCGGCGUCUUGCCGCAGCGGGCUGCCCUGCCGCAACCCGGCCGGGCCGCUGUCACCCUACUGCGGCCUGCACGCGCGCCACUCGCGCCAGGGCACGCCCGUGGCCGGCGACGGCGUGAGGGGCUGA